AUGGCACCAUUCCUGCGCAUCGCUUUCAACUCCUACGAGCUGGGCUCCAUGCAGACUGCGGACGAGGCGAGCCAGCCUUUCUGUGCUGUCAAGAUGAAGGAGGCGCUCAGCACAGAGCGUGGGAAGACACUGGUGCAGAAGAAGCCGACCAUGUACCCUGAGUGGAAGUCGUCGUUUGAUGCCCACAUCUACGAGGGCCGUGUCAUCCAGAUCGUUCUGAUGCGGGCAGCCGAGGACCCCAUGUCUGAGGUGACCGUGGGCGUGUCAGUGCUGGCUGAGCGCUGCAAGAAGAACAACGGCAAGGCUGAGUUCUGGCUAGACCUUCAGCCCCAGGCCAAGGUGUUGAUGUCAGUGCAGUAUUUCCUGGAAGACGUGGAUUGCCAACAGUCUAUUCGUAGUGAGGAAGAGGCCAAGUUUCCUACAAUGAACCGCCGUGGAGCCAUCAAACAGGCCAAAAUCCACUACAUCAAGAACCACGAGUUCAUUGCCACCUUCUUUGGGCAGCCCACCUUCUGUUCUGUGUGCAAGGAAUUCGUCUGGGGUCUCAACAAGCAAGGCUACAAAUGCAGGCAAUGCAACGCUGCUAUCCAUAAGAAAUGCAUUGAUAAGAUCAUCGGCCGGUGCACCGGCACCGCAGCCAACAGCCGGGACACCAUGUUCCAGAAAGAACGCUUCAACAUCGACAUGCCACACCGGUUCAAGGUGUACAACUACAUGAGCCCCACCUUCUGUGACCACUGUGGCAGCCUGCUCUGGGGGCUGGUGAAGCAGGGAUUAAAGUGUGCAGACUGUGGCAUGAAUGUACACCAUAAGUGCCAGAAAAAAGUGGCCAACCUCUGCGGCAUCAACCAAAAGCUCUUGGCUGAGGCAUUGAACCAAGUUAGCCAGAGAUCCUCCCGCAAGUCAGACUCGGGGUCUUCAGAGAGUGUUGGGGUCUACCAAAGUUUCGAGAAGAAGCCAGGAGUCUCUGGGGAUGAUUCCACAGGUGAGACCAACGGGACCUAUGGCAAGAUCUGGGAGGGCAGCAGCAGGUGUACCAUUGAGAACUUCACCUUUCACAAGGUCCUGGGUAAAGGCAGCUUCGGGAAGGUGCUACUUGCAGAGCUGAAGGGCAAAGGGAGGUACUUUGCUAUCAAGGCCCUCAAGAAGGACGUGGUUCUGAUUGAUGAUGAUGUGGAGUGCACCAUGGUGGAGAAGCGGGUGCUGGCACUCGCCUGGGAGAACCCCUUUCUCACCCAUCUCUUCUGCACCUUCCAGACCAAGGACCACCUGUUUUUUGUGAUGGAGUUCCUCAACGGGGGGGACCUGAUGUACCACAUCCAAGACAAAGGCCGUUUUGAACUCUACCGUGCCACGUUUUAUGCAGCCGAGAUCCUCUGUGGACUGCAGUUUCUACACAGCAGAGGAAUCAUUUACAGGGACCUCAAACUGGACAACGUGAUGCUGGACCGGGAGGGCCACAUCAAGAUUGCUGAUUUCGGGAUGUGCAAGGAGAACGUAUUUGGGGAGGGCCGGGCCAGCACCUUCUGUGGCACCCCUGACUAUAUUGCCCCUGAGAUCCUGCAGGGGCUGAAGUACUCCUUCUCUGUGGAUUGGUGGUCCUUUGGGGUCCUUCUCUAUGAGAUGCUCAUCGGUCAGUCUCCCUUCCAUGGUGAUGAUGAGGAUGAACUCUUUGAAUCGAUUCGAGUGGACACACCACAUUACCCCCGCUGGAUCACCAAGGAGUCCAAGGACAUUCUGGAGAAGCUGUUUGAACGGGAACCAUCCAAGAGGCUGGGAGUGACGGGACACAUUAAAAUCCACCCCUUCUUCAAGACCAUCAACUGGACCCUGCUGGAGAAGCGAGAAGUGGAGCCACCCUUCAGGCCCAAAGUGAAGUCUCCUGGGGAUUACAGCAACUUUGACCAGGAGUUCCUGAAUGAGAAGGCACGGCUUUCCUACAGUGACAAGAACCUCAUCGACUCCAUGGACCAGACAGCAUUUGCAGGCUUCUCCUUCGUGAAUCCCAAAUUUGAGCGUCUCCUGGAAAAGUGA